UAUACAUAUAUUUGAGUAUAUAAAAAAAUAUGUUAUAUAUUAUGUUGAUAUUUUGAUACAAAACUACUGGGAAAAUUUUCAGAUUCACAAUUUUUAAAAGGGCCUCGACGGACUGCAGUCCUUCUCGAAACUCGUGAUAACUGAUGCAAAAUAAGAAUAAUCCUAUGUGCGCAAAAUGGCGGACGUGUAAAAAAACGAUUAAAUUCUACAACUUGCGCUACUUAUUACGUAUAUAAGAGAUAAGGGUAGUAUUGACCAUUAUCUCUUUUUGGCUUUACUACAAAUUGUUAACAGAAAUAAGUAAAGCAGGGCUAAAUUCUAAGUUCGGGUGUAACCGAACAUUUUAUACUCUUGCAACUAGCAAGGAUCAAAGCCGGCUAAAUAGUUUCAGGUGUUGACAAUAUUAAAAAAAUUAGCGAAAGGGUUCAACUUCAUUGUUUGAAGAAAUCGUGAAUGAAUUACAUUUAUAUUUGGAGUCAUAUUAACUUAUUUUGAUUUUCACAUUUGACUCACUCAGUUUUAUUGUUAUAUUUUACUUACCAUCAGCGAAAAUUGUGCUUGAAUUAUCCUCCAAUGAAAUAUAUGUAAUAUAAACUCAACUGAAGGGUUGAUGUGAAAAACGUCAACCAAAGAAUCGAAAUUCAUUAUAUUAGUGAGAUGAGGUUUCGAGCAAGGGCAAUUUCAUUUAUGUUAUAUAAACCAUUAUUAUAAUUUUAUAACUUCUAAGAAAAUGUGCUCACUUAAUUUCAUUAAAAUAUCACACAUUUCGACCAACCUAAACUGUUUACAGUCAGGUUACAGGAAAUAUUGGAAGUGCUGAUUGCAUUAAUUUUUGAUAUUGUUCAGGUAUACCUGAGAACUUAUUUUUAAGCAAUUUUAUAAAUUUAAACAUAGAAAUAUAUAUGGAGUAAAGUCAGCCGUGUUUCAAAAUCGUGAAUAUCAGUUAUAUGUGGGCUAAGGCAAGUUUUCGCCCGAUUUUAUCCAUUUUAGGCACAAAGAUACAUUGUGUUUAGACUAUAGUUAAAAUAACUAGGACGAUAUACAUAUGUGGUAGUCAACUGGAAGUGCGAAAAUCUUUAUAUUAGGUAUAUGGGGACUAAGGGAAGUAUUGAUCCGAUUCAACCCAUUUUGGAAACAAAGGUAUAAUAUUAUCAAAAAAAUAUUUUCCCCGAAUUUCAAUAACAUCUUUCACAGAUUGAACGACAUUUUCGGCAAAAACUCACCACACUCAUUAAGGUCCACAUAUUCGGUAUGGGGGGGGGGCUUGAACAGUUAUGGCCUAAUUUUGACAAUUUUAAGACUCGAGAUGCCUCAAAGUUACUAUUUGUGCAAAAUUUUAUUCGAAUAUAUUCAUUGGUGCUUGAUUUGCGUACUGCAAAGUGAACGAAUCCUGGAAUUUAAAAUUGUGCUAUAUGAGAAGUAGGCGUGAGUAGGUCCGGAGAUAUGUGACUUUACCUAAAUGUGGGUGGUAUCACACCCAUCGUUCAAUUUUGACCCCGGCUCUUACAAAGUCCUCUUGUACCAUCCUGGGUGUUAAAUUAAAUACCUUUAGUGCAAUCAAUAACUAUUGAUUUAUGGCGUUUAAGUAAGUUUUAACAAAAUCGUUAAAUGGGGAAAGGGCAGGGUUAUAAGUCGAUUUUAUAUAUUUUUAGCCCAACUCCAUUCAUGUUCAGAGCUAAACUAAUUUUAUAAUUAAACUUUUCCACUUAAUUUCUUUAAAAUAUCACACGUUCUGAUCAACCUAAACGGUUUAAAGUGGGGUGGAAAGUCGGAUGCACUAUACAGGGUAUAUUAGGGUCUGGGCUUGUUGGAUUAACCCUUGACCAUUGCUGAGGUAUACUCAAGAACAUAUUUUCAAACAAUUGUAUAAAUAAAUAGUUCACACACUGAUGUCGGACAGUUCGGCAUAAGGUUUGUUAGAAUAACAAAAAUCAUUAUAUAAUAUAUAGUAUAUGAGAGUGUGGGUAAUUCGUGAACCCAUUGACAUAUUUUCGGCAUUAAACUAUAGUAUAUCCAGUAUGAUACGUUCAGGUAAUUUUGCCACGAUAUCUUACAUAUUAACCGAUAUAUACGGUAUAAAGUCACCCGGAAGUCCGAAAUUAUUUCUAUCAGGUGUACGGGGGUGAAGGUAAUUAUUGAUUCGAUUUAACCCAUUUUUGACAUACAGGCAUACUAUUAUCAGAAAAGGAUUCUCUCCGAAUUUUUAUAAUAUAUCUCACAAAUAACAACCGAUAAGUUCGCAAUAGGAACUGUGGUCCAUAUAUUCGCUAUCUGAGGACUUGAAUAGUUUUGGACAAUUUUUGGUCAUAAGGUGGCGCAGAAACUAUUCGCCCAAAGUUUUAUAAGGAUCCAUUCAUUGAUUUUUGAUUUAUAUACUGGAAAGAUGAAAUUUAAAAUUGUGUUAUAUGGAAAGUAUGCGUGGUUUUUGUAAUGUAAGAAUAUCAGGAUAAUAGUACCUACCGAAUUUGGUUGAAAUCGGUCGAGUAGGUCCGGAGAUAUGGCGGUGCAAAGCCCUCUUGUACCAUCUCGGAUGUAAAAUUGUAUGUCUCUGACGCAUUCAUUUAUAUAAAUAUUUAUCGCAUUUUUGGUAGUUUUUAACAUAACCGAUAUAUGGGAAGUGGACGGGGUUAUAAUCCGAUUUCAUUAUUGAUAUGGGGGUUUAACUAAAAUCUGAACCGAUUUCGUUCAUAUUUAACUCCCAAACCCUAAGAAGUUCUGGACUGAUUUCAUUUAAUUUUGGUAUUAUACCAAAUUAUCCUUGAGCAAAUAUUUACAUUGUCUGAUCGGUAUAGAGUCAAUUAGAAUACCGAAAAUCUCUUUAUUAGGUACAUACUUAGUCCUGCCAUAAGUACUGUUACAAGUUCAGGCCGUUAUAAAAAUUAAAAUAUAAUAAUUUAUUUUAAUAAAGUUAACUUUAUAAUUUAAUGCAUAUAUUAAAUGAGCGAUGUAUAAAAUUGUAUUCGAAAUGACUUUACACAGUGAUCAAUAACAGUACGCACAGUGUCUAUUAGUAUUGACGACGCUGCACAAAACAAAAAUGUUUUGAGACUCUCCAAAUAUGAGUGGUCAUGUUCUCCAGUUCUGAUCAAAACCUGUAUUUCAAUGGAUUAAAAUAUGCAGCUAUGAAACCAGGAAUAUUGCUUUUAAGCCAUUAGUGGGUGCUUUUUGCCUUAUGCGCUGAGCAGAUUCUUGCUGGUAGAUCCAGAGCUGGAUGUUGGCCAACCCCUGGAAUAACAUUUUGUAGGCCUUUGAAAAGUUUUGCGUAGAUUUUUCCGUUUUGCUAAUUAAAAACGUCUUCAACAGUGAAAAUAUUUUAAUUCGUAAAAAGGAUAAUUUCAUGAACGUUGACCGCGUGACACCUAAGAAGUGGCUUGUAUCUUUUGAGCCUAAUCAGCUUCAAGUAGGUUGCCAGAAGAUGACCAGUUGAUCGACGGUAGGCUUUCAUGUGGAGAUUAUCUCGAAUAAGUCUUGAUGUUGUUCUAGUGGAUGUAUCCACUUCCCUUGACAAUUUUCUGUUUUCUGAGGAGAUUUGCGAAUGCGUUCGCAAACAAUGUUUAUGGCUGAAUUGGUUCGAACCACGCGAGAACGAGCAAUUUUCUUUCUGUCAUCAAUUGUAGACUUUUGGGGAAAACCAAUAUAGCGGUAAAAAAGCUCAUAAAUUUCACACAAUUAUGUACAUAAAGCAAACUCCGCCAUACGAUUUUCUUUAGCUUCCCACUCCAUUGUUAAUAAGCGAAAGGAAACACUGAAUUGAUUGACACUGCACACAAAUUAUAAUAAAUAAACGGUUUUUUUUUGGUGGGCUUGCCCUCGGUUUAUGCUUUGUAAACUUUGUAACAGAAUUUAUGGCAAUACUAUAUAGAUUAUAUGUAUGGAGCACCCACACUAAGUUUCAUCCAAAUAUCUCAAUUUUUACUCAAGUUAAUGGAUAGCACGGACAGAUGGGCGAACAGUCAGACAUACGGAAUUCAAUUCGUUUCAUCAUUCUGACUAUUUUGAUAUACAUAUAUACCUGUCUAUGUUAUAUCUCUAGGUGAACAAAACUAUUACACUCCGUGCAACAUUUCACGAGAGUAUAAAAAGCGUAUUAUAUUAUUACAGCGAGAUCAGAAUAAGGUUUUUGGUUUAUAGAAAUCAUCAUGCAUAAGAAAGCAAUUGCACUGUAAAAUGUACUUUUGUUUUUUAGGAAGCAUACAUAGUUUAUUUAAAGUUUUUAAUUAUAUUUGUGAAGGGAAUAUGUGUGCCCAUGUAUGUGUGUAUAUGUAUGUAUGUACACAGAGUACAAACGCAAUGUCUUAUCGUAAACGUUAAAUUGGAACAACUAUGUUUUAAAUACAUUCAUUUGUAUGUGUGCGUACAUAUAUCCGCAUACGCAUGAUCCCACAUAAUUCUGUUGUUGUGUUCUGCUAUUAAAGGUACAUAACUGUUUUGAAGUUUUGCCGACGCUGCAAAUUUUUGAGAACCAUGAACAGAAAGAAUUCAACACAGGGUAAUCUUGAAGCCCUUUAUAUCAGCUAUUAGUAGUCUUUGUAUUAUUAUUGUUUCUGUGUCUGUUCUAUGUUCACUAAAAAAACAUUUUUCAUUAGUUUGUGCAGUAAAAAGCUUUAAUGUCACAAUACAGCUUUGUCUUGAAAUGCAAAUACACCGACGAGACUAAUAAAAAUCUUUGAAAACUAACACUCUUUUUUGUGUUGGAGAGUUCGAAGUGCUACCAAGCCAGCAUAUUUAAGUUCAAUAACUAAUUCAAGUUUUCCUGGUUGCUGGCAUACACAUAUCUAAAACCAGGUGAUGUAUUGCAGCAUUAUAUACUUGUAUAUACGUACAUACAAAUAUAUAUAUACAGCUAUGGACAUAUAAUUAGCACAUUUUUUAUGGCUACUUUCUGGUGUUACAGUUUUAGUCUUAACUUCAUUUCAUAGGUUUUCAAUUGGAUUCAAGUCAGAGCUUUGGGUUGACCAAACCAAAAAAUUGAUCUUCUCUGCAGAAAAUCAAUUUUUUACAGCUUCGAGGCGUAUUUGUGACUGUUAUAGUGCAUAAAUUUCUAUUUAAUUUGCAUGGAACACGCCUACACCAUGCCAAAAAAAUACUCCCAAAACCCUAAUAUUUCCGCCACCAUACUUUAGCAUCUUCUGACUGAACUUAUAAUUCUUAGCAUUUAGGGCUAUGGACACAUAUUUUGCCAUCUGCUCCUAUCCUAUUAACCUUUGUUUUGUCACUUCGAAUACAUUUUUCCAAAAAUUUAAGCAUUUUUUUGAUCAGUACUGGCUAAGAUCGCCCGAAAAACUUUGCCUGAUUAAAACAUCUCCUGUAAAAAUUAUAGGAUAUUUUUAACCCAAUGAUUGAUUAAUAUCGGCUGCUACCUGUCGCAACAAAAAAUUACGUGUAUCUAUUUCUGCAAAGUAAUCUGUGCCAUUUAUGGCCAAUUCACAUAGAACUUUUGCUUCAACAUAUUGACUGAUAGAUGUGUUUACUGUAAAGUAAUAUAGGGUAGAAUUUUUAAGCUUGUUAUAUGGUGAGUAGGCGUGGUUGCCAACCGAUUUUGCACAGUGUAUGAAAGAAAUGAUGGGGUUACCUCACACACUCAAUUUGUGGGAGGGCACGCCCAUUGUCCAAUUUUUACGCCGGCUCCCAUUAAGCCCUUCCCAGCCAUCCUGGCUAUGAAAUUUAAUGUUUCUGGCUCUUUUAUUUAGUAAGUUAUCGCUCUUUUAAUAAUUUUCAACACAACCGUUAUAUGGCGAGUGGGCGUGACAGUGUAUAAAGAAGUGCUAAAAAUACUUAUUUUCAGCAAGUUUGGUUGAGUAGGUUCAGCGGUUUGGAAGAUAUGUACACGGGCGGAGGUUUUCGUUUAAUGGCGUUUUGUGCGCGUGGCAGUGGUACGAUUAUGCCUAUCUGCAAUACAAACCCCCUUGGGUGCCGAGGAAUACGUGUACCAAGUUUCAUCAAGAUAUCUCAAUUUUUACUCAAGUUAUCGCUUGCACGGACAGACGGACAGAUAGUCACUCGGAUUUCAACUCGUAUCGUCACCCUGAUCAUUUAUAUAUACAGUACAGUACAGUACAAUACAACUCUGGUUCGGCAGCACCACAUUAAAUGCAAAAUCUUUACAUUUUUAUCAACUUUCAAAAUUUUUAGAAUUUUUAUGAAAUCAAACUUUGUGCCUUUUAUGUGUCCAUAGCUGUAUAUAUGCUCAUAAAUAUGUGCGUAUGCACUGGUAUUUAUGGGUUGUAGGUAUAAACUAUAGAUUUUAUAAAGAGAGAGUGAAAAAGGUCGAGUUCACACGCACACAGACCCAUACCUAUGUACAUCAUAUACAUAUGUAUCUAUGAGCAUACAUUUGUACACUGGUUCUUCGGUUUGCACGCUUAAGUAGAACAUAUGAGUGCAAAAAGGGUAAAUUUUUCAUAUAAAAAUGCUUAUUGGAACCAAAUAUUGAUAAACCCAAGCAAUAAAGUGAUAAACGAUCUUUCUUAUGUAGAAAUUGAAGAUUUAUAUUAAUAAAUACAGACAUACAUAUGUACAUUGGGGUGGGUCAAAAAAUCCAAUAUUUUUUUUAUUCGCUUGGUAUUGUGAAAAAUAAGAUGAUAGACAUGUGUUGAAUUCCAAUCAUUGGUAAAAUUUUUUUUUUUUUAAUUUUAUGUGAUUUUUCUUAAAAGUAGUACAAAAUAAAUUUAAAAGAUGACAAACGAACCCAAUUCGAAAGGAAAUUUUAUUUACAAACUUAUUUUUAUAAUGGAUAUCAGAUUCAGGAUUGUGUUAAUUCAUAUUUUAAUUAUCAGAAAUAUUUUUGUUAAAGCUUCUAUGAGUUUCCUAAGACCGGAUUGACUAUCUGUGUAAUCGUUCAUCUCUUGCUUAGACAUAGGGCUAAUGAAUUUUAACUUAUGAAUGUUAGUUUCCAUGCUAGUUCCUGCUCAACAACACAACCCAAGCAACUGUAGAUUUUAGAGACUUGCCAAGGAAAUAGUAGCGUUUACAAUAACACUCUGGAAUACUUUUACGUGAGCACAGCCAGUGAACUGCCAAACGCAACGUUUACAUGUUUUUUACGUAACACUCGUCAAUUUGAUUGUAACAAUAAUAACAACAGAUAUAUUAACGAUCCGUAUGACUCACAGAACCUGAACUGCAGCAAUAGUAACGAUUCCUUAGUCUAUAUCAACAAUCAGAGUCCACAUCAAUACCUUAACAAUCACCUGCGAUAUUUGCAACAACAACAGCAACUAUAUAUUCAGCAACAACAACUGCUAAUAGAACAACAGUACCUCAGCCAACUUCAUAAUAUACAACAUCAUCGUCAGCGCUACGAUUACUAUAAUCAGCGCUACCGCCUGUCGUUGCCAGUGUUGCCACGCGUCCAACUGCAACUGCAGCAACAGCUAGUACGACCUGUGCAGCCUGUACAGCAUACAACACUAACGCUGUUACCGUCUCAGCAGCAGCACCAACAGCCUUUGACGGCAUCAUCAUCAUCAACAGCACUGGUGCACAACGAAGAGGAGAGCGCCGUCGCUGUCGCUGUCGCCAACGUCGUCGCUCCCACUCCCGCGUCCACACCCGUAGCCGUAUCUGCCUCCUCUGUCGCCGUCAUCGCCGCCUCUGGUGCGUCCUGUACACAGCCGCAGCCGCUUCCGCAGCCGCAGCAACCAUUCACCCUGUUACAACACACACAAAUGUCAAAUAAGCUAAAUCCGAAACGCCGCGAAGGUCCGAUCACUACCGGUACCGGCACAACAUCGGCCGGCAAUACAUCCUCAGCUGCAAAUACAUCCUCCUCAUCUAGUUCAUCAUUGUCGUCCGCCGGAGGCGGUGAUGGUGGUAUGUCUGCCGAUCUAACUUCAUUGUUUGAGUGUCCGGUGUGCUUCGAUUAUGUCUUGCCACCUAUAUUGCAAUGUUCUAGUGGGCAUUUAGUAUGCGUAUCGUGCCGCUCGAAACUCACCUGCUGCCCAACAUGUCGCGGACCAUUGGCAAACAUACGCAAUUUGGCAAUGGAGAAAGUCGCCUCAAAUGUGAAAUUCCCGUGCAAACACUCGGGUUAUGGUUGUACAGCUUCGCUUGUUUACACAGAAAAAACCGAACACGAAGAGACAUGCGAAUGCCGACCAUACCUGUGUCCAUGCCCGGGUGCAUCGUGUAAGUGGCAAGGCCCAUUAGAUCUGGUCAUGCAACAUUUAAUGAUGUCACACAAAAGCAUUACUACGCUACAGGGAGAAGACAUUGUCUUUCUCGCCACUGACAUCAACCUGCCCGGCGCUGUCGAUUGGGUUAUGAUGCAGUCUUGCUUCGGCCACCACUUUAUGUUGGUGCUUGAAAAGCAAGAGAAGUAUGAUGGACACCAGCAAUUCUUCGCAAUUGUGCAGUUAAUCGGCUCGCGGAAAGAAGCCGAGAAUUUCGUCUACCGUUUGGAGUUGAAUGGCAACCGUCGACGCCUCACUUGGGAGGCUAUGCCGCGAUCCAUACAUGAAGGUGUUGCAUCUGCUAUUCACAACUCCGAUUGUCUGGUAUUUGACACAUCGAUUGCGCAACUGUUUGCGGACAACGGGAAUCUUGGCAUUAAUGUUACCAUUUCGAUUGUCUAAAAGAAUCAACAUACACAUACACAAAAAGAGAGAGAAGACAAGGACAGGGAAUAUUUGUAGAAGAUAAGAAAUAGUAGAAGGGGGAGGGUGCGACUUGGAUUUUUCAAAUGUGAGGGAGUGCAAAACCCGAUAACAAGCUUCUGCGAAAUAGGACAAAAAUAAGAAGUGUGCGCACAUAGUUACAUCUAUGAUAAAAGUGGGUUCAAGCAUCUAUUCAAAUAACCUAGAGAUAACAAACAAUAAAUGCGAAAGGCAGAAAUUGGAUUUUUUUUACCAAAAAAUGUAUAUAUUACAAGCUGGCCGGCAGAGUGGAAAACUUUAAAUAAAAAAUACACACAUUUUUACAUUUUAAAUUAAAGCCCUGAAUUAAUUUCUAAUAAAUGACAAUUGCAAGGUUUGACCUUAUUUAAUGUUCGUGGAUCACUGAUCAUGAAAAUCAAAAUUUUCACCUAAUAAUAAAAUAUACAUUGUGUACAUAUAUAAAAUGAAUUUGGUUUUGCUGGUAUCCCAUAUUUUUUUAAGCACAUAUAUAUUUGUAACCUUGUUCCAUUUUGCGAAGCUUGCCGAAUAUUGCAGAAAGCGUUUUUAAAACGAUUUCAUAAAGUCAAGGCUUCAUUUGUUUCCUAUUUUUAUGUUAUUCUUCUAAAUCUUAAAUAUAUUUAAUGUAAUGUAAUAACAAAAGAAAACUACUGGUUUAAUUUAUUAUAAUACGACACAAUGUUGCUUUAUCAUCCUAUAAUUUCAUGGCAAAACGAAUAUGUAAGAAGGUACAAACAUACACUCAGAAUAUGAAUAAAUAUGUACCCGAAUUUUCAUUUACUUUAUCCAUUCGAAAACUUAAUUCAUAAUUCUUUUUAGUCUAAAGUGACUAGUUUUCUUCCCCUUUAAGAGAAAUAUGCAAACAGGUUAAAAAAGUUUACAUUCAGAUUGCUUAUAGGCGUAGUAUUUAAUCAAAAAGCUGGCAUAUUGAUCCGAGCGGAGUUAACUUGAAAUAUUUAUUUCAAUUGUUUGAAAGUAAUAAAAUAAUGUAGAUAUUUUCGGAGAUCUUUUUAUCUUCGACUACAAAUCGUUUUAACGUAUACCCGGUGGAUCUUAAACAUUUCUUAAAUAUGCAAGUGAGACACAGCAAUGAUAAUCGUUAGAAAAAUAAUAAAUGUGCUGGGAUAGUUUAAAAAUAGUUCUUUUGCCUCAGAAAUUUAUAAAAUAAGAGUUUCCGUAAAAAUCUGAAAUAUUGUUAAAAUUUAAUGCAGUUUUAAAUAACCUAUAUUCUUCGAUACACUAACUGCUAACUUUAAUAUUUCUCUACAUUAUAUUAAAUGUUAAACUUUUAUUAAAUUACCAGAGACAUAAUACAUAAUACAAAUGCAAGUUAUUUUUUAUAAUUGGUCAUUGCUGACCUAAAUUACAUAAAUGAAUGCAUUUGGGCCUGUUUGCACUAAUGAUCGAUAAAAAAUAAAACCAAAAAGGACGUAAAGCGAAACAAGACGAAAAACCUUAAUUGCGGAAUGUGUUAAUAGUUUGUAAAAUAAUUGUAGACACCAACUUUGCAACUGAGGCAAAAAUUUAAGAACAGAUACGAUAAUAUUAGACAAACUUAAAUAUAGGUAAGAAUAUGCCAAUUCAUAUAUAGUGAAUCUCAGUUUAGAAUCAUCGUAUUAAAAAUGUGCAUACCAACAUACAUGUUUAUUACAUGUCUGCAUGUAUUUUAAUUUGAUCUUCGCUGACAUCUAAAAAGUAAUGUACCUAUCUACCAUAUUUACUAUAUGGUCAGGGAGAAUUUUCCACAAACAAAUGGACAUAUUUAAAUGUAUGUUCCUAUUUUCAUACUGGAUUUCUGCUUUUUUCCAACUGGGUAACUUUCAUCGUAAACACACGUUUUUCCCCCAAAUACAUAACAUCUAUAUAUGUUUGUAUGUUUGUAUUUUAGCGCUCUGUACAGCAACUGUACAAGCGAAUUUAUAUGAAGAUAUUUUAAAAUUAAAAUAUACAUAACUUAAGCUAAACUUAUGUAUACUGAAAGAUGUAGUUAUUCUGUAAUAGGUUAGUCGAUCUCUAAAUUAUGAUUGAUGAUAAAUACUGAAGACAUUAAAAAUAACAGUAAUAAAAUGAAAAGCGUAAAAAAUCAUAGAAAUGUGAAAAAUCAACACUAGUUUAAUUUCAUUUAAUUUUUAGUGCUCCUAUGUGACUUGUAAAUUAUCAUUAUCUAAUAUCUCAUUAAAUAUACGCAUGGACAUUUGUAACUGAAUAUUGUUUUCUUUCCAAUUAUCACACCUCAAUAUGUUUUAACACUUUGCCAUUGCAUGUACUUAUUUAAAAAAUGGUUAAAUAAAGUUGCUAAUACCCAAUACAUAUGUAUCCCCCACUAUAUGUUAAUAUCUUAAACCAACAACUGAAAACGAUUGACAGGUAUCUUUAAAAUUUUCACUGUUUAAUUAUUUUCGACUUUUUAAUUUGUUAAUCUCUAUUAGUAAAUCGAAUUAAUGUAAAAUUAAAGUGCAUAAAUAUAAGGAAACAUCAGCUACAUAGAUAAGACAACAAUCACGGACUUUUAAAACACGAAAGUACGAAAUGAAGGUCUUGAAAGUUCGACUACAGUGCAUGUAAACAUACAACAUGUGUUUAAACAUUAAAGUGAUUAGAGAAAAUAAAACUUUUAAAAUAAA